AUGCUUACCAUGCUCUCGCUGUCUUCCGACACCGGUCCCCACCGUGAGAUGGCGGUGGACGUACCGGACAGUUUCAUCGCGAGGAACAAAACGCCUCCUCGGUACCCGCCACCCCGACCGCCUCAGCAGGUGAAUGGAACAGCCAAGAUUGCAGCGCCGGCGGUGCCGCCGCGGGAGAUUGCGCGGGAUCCGCCUCCGCGACCCCCCGCCCACGAAAAUGUCACCAAGGAGCAAAUGGAGUCCAUCAAGAAAUAUCAGGAGCAGUUGCGACGGCGCAAAGAAGCGGAAGAUAGGAUCGCAGCUCAGAAUGAAUUUCUACGUACGUCCCUCCGAGGGUCACACAAACUUCAAGCGCUUGAGUCGACGCCGCCGUCGUCAGGAACAGCCUUCGUCAAUGACGCUUACGAGGAUGACGUCAGCGAUGACUCUGUGCAAUUAUACACCGUUGUUGAUUACCAAGAAGUAUGUUCAGCACUCUCGAGGGUACAAAAAGCGUUGGGUUCCGCCGGUGAAUCAGCGCUGGCGGCGCGGGUAGCGAAUGCUGCGAGCACGUUGCUCUGCCCAUCACUACGGACCGCCCUGGCCACUAGGUCAGCUGUUCUAACCGCCGUCCGCCAUAAACGGUCCGGACUAUCUGCGCCGCAUACGCACCGCGCCACGGACAGAUUGAAAGACUGCAUAGAUGUACUGGACCUGCAGACGGGUGCUGGCGGCGAGAAGUCCGCGAUAGCUGCAGAACUGUUGUCCAUCCUUGGCGGCCUGGAGCUAGAGAGCUUGAUCCAAGCCCACGAUCAGGCUGCAGCACUCCUCGACCCCGCCUGCUUCAGCAGAGGCAAGAGGCAUAAGACUGGAAAUAACUAUAAUCACAAAGGAGAGAAUGACAAAGCUUUAACUGCACAUUCGCCGGACGACCCCAGCGAAAACAUCAAAAUUAUUAAAAUUGAAAAGACUAAUGAACCACUUGGUGCUACAGUAAGAAAUGAAGGGGAAGCUGUUGUAAUCGGUAGGAUAGUGAGAGGUGGAAUAGCGGAGAAGUCAGGCCUUUUACACGAAGGAGACGAGCUCCUGGAGGUAAACGGUCUCGCGAUGCGCGGCAAGUCUGUGCACGAGGUGUGCUCGAUGCUGGGCGCGCUGACGGGCACGCUGCACGUGGUGCUGGCGCCGCGAGCGCGCGCGCCCCGCCCCCCGCCCCCCCACCGCGUGCUGCACGUGCGCGCACACUUCGACUACGACCCCGAGGAUGAUGUGUACAUACCAUGCCGCGAACUCGGCAUAAGUUUCCAGAAAGGGGACGUGUUACAUGUGAUCAGUAGAGAAGAUCCAAACUGGUGGCAAGCGUUCAGGGAAGGCGAGGACGACCAAUCACUAGCGGGAUUAAUACCAAGCCAGGCGUUUCAGCAUCAGCGUGAAUCUAUGAAGCUGACGUUAGCUGGGGAAGUGGCGGCGCGAGACAAACCACGUAAAGGAGGCACUCUUCUGUGUGCGAAAAAACCACCGCGAAAGAAGAAAGGGAAGAAAGCAACUAGCGAAGCAGGAUAUCCGCUGUAUUCUACAUCGGGAACAGACGAUUUUGAGCAAGAGGAAAUUCUGACGUACGAAGAGGUAGGGCUGUACUUCCCUCGAGCGUCAAACAAGAGGCCUAUAGUGCUAAUAGGACCGCCCAACAUUGGUCGACACGAAUUACGACAGCGCCUAAUGGAAGACAGUUCCAGAUUCGCUGCAGCUGUGCCCCAUACGUCUCGACCCCGGAAAGACCACGAAGUACCAGGGCAGGACUACCACUUCAUAUCGCGCACGCAAUUCGAGGCGGAUAUCCUGAAUAGGAAGUUUGUCGAACACGGUGAAUACGAGAAGGCUUAUUAUGGAACAUCCCUCGAAGCAAUUCGCGAAGUGGUAAACUCCGGCAAGAUCUGCGUAUUAAAUCUACAUCCUCAGUCACUGAAAAUCCUCAGAGGGUCAGACCUAAAGCCUUAUACGGUGUUUGUCGCGCCACCCAGCCUAGAAAAACUUCGCCAGAAGAAGAUAAGAAACGGGGAAGCUUUUAAAGAAGAGGAGCUUAAAGAAAUAAUAGGUACAGCUAGAGACAUGGAACUAAGAUGGGGCCACUUGUUCGAUAUGAUUAUCAUAAAUAACGACACACAACGUGCCUACCAGCAGCUGCUUAACGAGAUCAAUAGCUUAGAACGGGAGCCUCAGUGGGUGCCUGCUCACUGGCUAAAGCAUACCUAG